UUUGUUGAAGACUACACCUUAUUACGGUUUUGAUUCUAAUUUUGAUAAUAUUUUUCAAUAGUUGUGAACAAUUUGCGUGAUUAACGAUGGCAGACCCUAAAUAUGCUGAUUUACCAGGAAUUGCGUACGAUCAACUUGACGUUUACGAGACAAGCGAUUUGCCUGAAUCAGAGCAAAUGCGAAUGUAUUGUGAGGAAGAACCUGACAGCACUUGUGUGGAACAGUUACAUAUCAGUGCUAAAGAAGCAUUUAACAAAUUUAAAGGCAAACAAAUUGUUGGAAAACCUGUUGAUUUCUCAGAUCGUGUGUCCAACAGGCCAAGAACAGGAUACAAAUUUGGAGAUUGGGAACUUGUCGGUGAAGGUGAGAAAGAAACUCCUCUCCAAAAGUAUCAGCGACUGCAAUGUGAGAUUAAGGAAUUAUAUGAAGAAGUGAAUGAAUUAAAGGAAAAAUCUAAAGAUGAGCAAGAAAUCAAAUCUGCAAGUGAGAUUAUUUCUCAAGCACAGCAGAUAGAAAAGCAAUUGAUUGCUCUAAAACUGGAAGAAUGUUUAGGACCUGAUGUUGUUGCGAGUUUAUCAGAUCCACAAGGCACUACUCUUAAGCAAUUGAUGUCACAGAUAGAAUUGUUUAAGCAGACCAGUGUACCUUCAUCCAAGAUUGCAGAGAAGAAAACGAGUGAAUCAGUUGAACCUGGUGUCCUCAAGUAUCAGAUGAUGUAUUUCCCAGAAAAGGCAAGAAUGCAGGAAGCAGCUAGGAUUGCACAGUUGGAACAAAGACUCUGUUGUCUGGAGAAUCUCAUAGGAACAAGUAAUGAUAAACUUUCUAAAUUCUCACAGAACCUUAAAUGUCAAGGAAUAAUGGAGGCUGUGCAACAAUUAGAGGCAAAAUCUGCACUAUUGGACGUCAAUCAACUAGACACCAUUGAAACAAGAUUAGGCACCUUGAUUUACCGAAUGGAUAGCAUUGCGCAGAAAAAAGCAGCAGCGGAACAAGAUUCUGAGCAAGAACAAAAAAUCUCGGAGAUGUAUGAAAUAAUGAAGAAAACUGACGCUAUAUCGCAAAUCCUACCGCAAACUGUAGAAAGGCUAUUAGCAUUGAGUGAUAUUCAUCAACAAGCUGCUGACUUCAGUAAAUCUUUAAUGAGAUUAGAAGAACUGCAAGCAGAAAUCUCAUCGGGAUUAGAAGGCAACAAGUCUCUGCUGAAGGGAGUGCAAGAAAACUUCGCUUCUAACAUGGAAAUUAUAAAGAGUAAUGUAGCAUUACUCGACGAGCGUAUUAAAAAACUUAAGAAGUGAUUAAAUUAAAACUAUUGAGUAUAAUACACGAAAGCAAUGCUAGAUUAAUUCUAUUUUCUUAAAUUAUUUCAUUCCACGAUGAAAUAUCAUUUAUAUCAUGUUAAGUUAUUGUUU